CUGCUUUUUUUAACAUUGUUCUGAAAUGUUGAUUAGCAUCUGUUUCAGGUGUAGCCUCAUUUACUUAAAGCAACAGCGGGAGGGUGAGACAGGAGAGAGACAGACAGCUCUCAGCUGCUGCAGAUUCUUCACAUAUGACCGCGUUAUUCAUCCAGAUGUGUUUUCCAUUAUGAACUUCGCAAGGCCAGGAAAUUGACUUUAAAAUGCAUAAGGGAUGCAGUCAGCUAGUGCUGUAUCCUAAAGCCUAAAUGACGCUAGACUUUGUCUUUUAUUAGACCACAAAUGUGUUUGUUUUGAUGGGUCAUUCUUAGUCAUGUUGUCAUGGUAAUUGGCAUCUGUGUAGAUGUGCAAGACGGAGAGUUGUGCGUGAAGGAAUGUGUGGAUGUGGAACUUGUCCUUGUUUGACCCGGUGAAAUUUAAACCCAACCUGAAAGUCUCUUCUUUGCUGACUCCAGAACAAAUCUUCUAAAACAAAUCUGUUGACCGGAUUCUCAAUCACGAAGAGUUAAAGGACGAUGGCGAGGAAGAGCAGUUCUAAAGAUGUGUCUGGAGUCGUGUUCGACACGCACUCUAAAAUGGUGAUGUCUCAAGGAGGUACUUUUGAGAAGAUGAAGGAAAAGAUCAAUGCCGUGCGAGCCGUGGUGCCCAAUAAGAGUAAUAAUGAGAUCACGCUGGUGCUGCAACACUUCGAGAACUGUGUGGAUCGAGCGGUGCAGGCGUUUGUAGAUGGUAGUGCUGUGGAGAUCCUGAAGGAAUGGAACGUCACUGGGAAAAAGAAGCCGAAGAAGAAAAAGAAGCAGAAGCCGCAGACUGACGUGCCUGCAGACACCACACCUGCUGAAUCGGACCCAACCCCUGAAUGUCCAGAUGCUGUUAAUGGUUUCCAUGCCAACGGUACAGUAUGUGCAGAUGGCGACUCGCUGGAUUCUCUGAGCGAGCAGCUGGACUCCGCCUCCCUGGAUGCAGCAGAACUCGACUCUGAAAGUGCCGCCCCUGACCUCUCAGAUGCUGCAGGUGGAGACGUGGCAUCAACGCCGAGCCCCGCCCCUCUGCCCGUCACCAGCGACGGUCUGCGACAGGAACAUCACAGCUCCCGUGGUAACAAGUUUCGUCCCAAGGCUUUUUCCAGCUCCCAGAGUUCCUUGGUGGUUUCUGUCUCUGAUGACACACAGCUAGGUUCUGCUGCCAAGAAGAUUGGUUCUAAUGUGGAUCGCUCUGUGAAAGACCUGCAGCGCUGUGCGGCGUCGCUCUCUCGCUACAGAGUUGUGGUGCGAGACGAGAUGGAUUCAUCGAUCAAGAACAUGAAGCAGACGUUUGCUGAGCUGCAGAGCUGUCUGAUGGAUCGAGAGGUGACUCUGCUCACGGAGAUGGACAAGGUCAAAGCAGAAGCCAUGUCCAUUCUUGAUGGCCGUCAGAAGAGAGCAGAAGAGCUGAAGAGACUCACUGAUAAAUCAGCAUCAUUGUCAGAGGAUCAACUCGCUGAACUACGAGCUGAUAUCAAGCACUUUGUCAGUGAGCGCAAGUAUGAUGAAGAUCUUGGUAAAGCUGUGAAGUUCUCGUAUGAUCUGGAGCCGCUUAAGUGCAGCAUUAUUUCUUUUGGAUCAGUGUACCAUCCUCAGACAAGCUACUCCAGUCGUUCUCGCUGUAGCUCCACCUCUUCCUCUGUCACGGGCUCUGCACCUGCCAAAGCCCCGCCCCCUUCUGAGCCACAGCAUCAAGCAUCUGCGUACACGAGCCGCCCAAACGUGCCACACAAGCAGAUUUUCCUGGGCAACAGACGCAUCAUUCAAGGUUACCAGGGAAAUCAGCGAAAUAACGGAAGCGCUCAUUAUGACCGCAACCCUGGCCGAACCAACUAUCGCUACCAGGUAGAUCGUAACCACGGAGACCGGAGUCACCCAAGCGACCACAGCGACGGCCCAAACUCUCAGCUGAUCAAUAGUGCUAAAGGCCCCUCCCGCCCGGAACGCCCCGCCCAAAACGGCCUUCCACAAAGACAACCACGGACACACUGCCCAUAACACACACGUUCAUUUGCCUGUUAGUCUGAUCACACACACAUACAUGCAUGUUCCUUUGCCUGUUAGUCUGAUCAUACAUGCAUACAUACAUGUUCCUUUGCCUGUUAGUCUGACCAUACACACAUACAUACAUACAUACAUGUUCCUUUGCCUGUUAGACUGAUCAUAUACACACACACACACAUACAUGCAUACAUACAUACAUACAUGUUCCUUUGCCUGUUAGUCUGACCAUACAUACAUACAUGUUCCUUUGCCUGUUAGACUGAUCAUAUACACACACACACAUACA